UGUGAAAAUUCAGUUAUAAUGGUUGAUAAUAAAUUUUUACCAGAAUUAUCUGAAAAUUUACUCGAAAUUUUAGAUGAAAACCAACAUUAUGAUAUUAUUAUUGAAGUUGGUAAUGACCCUCACAUAAGAAAGUUUCGAGCUCAUACGCUCAUUUUAAAUUAUCGUUCUCCUUAUUUUCGUGAAAUUUUAUCAACUGAUAAAAAGAAAUCGAAAUCCGAUGAACAUAUCAAAUUACCUAAUAUUUCGCCCGAAAUUUUUCAAAUAAUUUUAAGGUAUAUUUAUGGGGGAAAACUUUCUUUUGGAGAAUGCAAUGAUUCAGCAGAUAUUAUUAACGUUCUAGUUGCUGCUAGU